CCCUUAAACAAUUUGUACAACGACGUUUAUCCAAUAAUAUCAAGAAGAAACGACAUGGCAUCUUCUGCACGGAUUAACAGCUCAACUGCCAAGACAUUGAUGGUCGUUUGGCUGAUGGCGGUCGUGGUGCCCAGUCAACAGAGACCGAGUGAAGAAGCCAGUUCUGUCAAACCCAAUUCUUGGAUCAUCCAGUCACCCGUGAAAAGGCCUUUGCCCGGUCUGAUAGGUAUUGGUCUUCCACCUGGUGGCAUACUCCUCAUGACGAUGGAACCCAACGCCACUAUGGACGAGACGCAACCUCAACAACAGAAGCAAUCGUCGACGGCCCUUCCGUCCGUUCCAGCCACCGAGGUCACGAGCGAGUCUGCACUAGUAACCGAAGUUUCGUUCGUUAGUCAAAGUCCAAUGACUUCGACGGACGUGGAAGAGGUGGCCGUCACCGACACACUGUCCACUUCAUCGAUAGGCACGGAAGCCAUCAGUGAGGCGUCGAACAGUCCCACGCUGGAACUCGAAACGGUUACGCAAGAAAUCUUGUCGGAAGAAACGGAAUCGCCAUCAGAUGAGACGCCAACGACCGAGCCAGUCACGGACGCUGCCGACGUAGUCGUAAAACAAGACGGCGACGCAGGCCCCGUCAUGGAAGCAUUAAAGGUAGCUAGUGAAAUCAGUCAAACGACUGUGCAAUCUAUUGAACUGACGACAAUUAAAGAAGAUGAAAUCACCACUGGUUCGCCAGUAAAGCUUUCCGAAGAAGCCUCUCUUCCGGCAGAGCCUAGCUACGACCCUCAUUUGAUUGUAGAAGAUGAACAGCAAACUGAUGAGAGCGAUUCGAAUUUAAUAACGACGACGACAGAGAUGGCCACCGGUGAUGUAGUCAGCGACGAAGACAUAACAACGGAAGCUGACUCGACUACGGCAAGCGCAACAGAGGAUUCCGUUCCGCAUUCUUCAGAGCCCACCACCCCGUAUCGUGUAAUUGGAGAUAGCUAUUCGGACAUUUAUGGAGAUGGCGAGAAAGAUGAGACGCCAACAGCCGAACCUAAAGAUUCGACGACGUCUUCAACGACUACGGAACCUCCCACAACAAUUAGUGAGAAAUUGAGCGAUGAAGAUGUUACGAGCGAAGAAGAGUCGGCCGUAACGAGCGGCCCUUCUGAAUUGUUGGAUUCAUCCACGGAAUCCGGAUCGGGCGCGGGAUCGGAUGAAACUUCUACCGAUGCCGGAUCAGGUGUAAUUUUAUCAACAGAAGUUAGCGAUGAAUCAAACGCUCAUUCGGGAUACGGUGCCAGUUCAGAUGCUCCACUAGACGUGGCGGCCGAUGAUUCCGUCCCACUUGAUUCGGAGGUCACGACAGAUUCAUCUCGUUCAGAGGCAGAGAGUCCAGCUGUGACUGAAGUCGCAGAAACGGAAGCUCAUGAAUUCCUCGUCGUCACAACGGAACCCAUCCCGGAAGACCCGGGGCUCGGUGAUGCGGUAACAGAGAUUGAGAAUAUUGACCUAGGCCUCGAGAGCAACACGGAAGGCAGCAGCAGCAGUUUGAUCGCAUCGCCACCAGCUGUCGCCAAGAAUGCUGGAAACAGCCGUAGCCUCCUCUCGAAAGAAGAAGAAGUCGAUGUCAAAGCAGUCGAAGACGUGACCGAAGUCGCUGAAAAAAUUGCAGAUGAUUUGAAGAAAUCUGGCGACGAAGAGGCUAGACAAUAUCAUCGUCCGUAUCCAAUUCGAUACGGAAUGCGACCCGGAGGAAGGCCUGCGUUCCGACCAUCCAUCGAUCGCCACGAUCAAAACUUUCGACCGGAGUACGAGGCCAACGAUUUCAACGUUAUUUCCCGAACCUACGACUAUUGCUACACGAUGUGGUGCAAGUUUAAGACGACACUGUCGCGCAUCGGACUUUUGUAGUACACUUCCCAGGGAUCAAUAAUUUUUUACUUCGCCCUCCUAUUAUUUAAAACUUCCUUAUUAUUAUAAUUUUUUUUUUUCUCGCGUCUUCUUUAUUUUUCUUUCACCCCUUCUUCAUUUUUAUAUGACGAUGUGUUUCUAUACGAUUUUUUUUUAUUUUUAAAGGAAACAAAGUUUGUCCUACCUGUUCGGCUUUGAGAGUCAGUUCGAUGAAGAUCUGCUGCAAUUUCUCGUUGACAAAGUUGAUGCAGAACUGUACAACGCAAUUAGGCGAUUACUCCUGAUGCUCUUUCAAUUGAUUCCAAUCCAAUUCGUUUUUUUCACUUGCCUGUUCGAAUCCGUUUUUCUCGAAAAUUUCAAAGCCGUAAAUAUCCAAAAUGCCAGUGCUGUAGCCCUGCGUCGUCGUUACCAUGGCAGUGUUUACUUUCUAAAAAAAAAAAACACGCACACACACACAAGUUACUUUGUUAUUCGGUUUGAUUCAAGUCUCUGAUUGCGUUUGGCCUAGUUUUUUUUUUUGUCUUUCCCGUUUGAAAUAGCACGUGACGAUUACCUGAACGAGGAAAUCGAACAUUCGACUGUACAAUCCCUUGGCCAAGGCGUCCCGGCUAUAGCAGGCCUAAUGUAUUCAUUCGUUAAAAAACAAUUAGCUUCAAAUUGAAUUGCUUUUUGACAGUAAAAAAAAAAAAAAAAAUAUCACCUGUUCGACGUUGAGGGUCAUGUUGACUUUUUCGCGAUGGCUUUCAAAUAUGCGACCGGUCAGCUUUGAUUUUAAUGCCACUGCAUCGAUUUCUAACAAGAAAGCCGGGAAAUCCAAAUCUAAUUUUUUUCCCCCAAUAAAAAAGAAUUAGGCCCUUUGAAAUGAGAUUGGCAAUAUUUUGAAUUAUUCUUUUUUUUUUUUUACAUCGGUCAUCAUGGACGCUGGCGAAAUUGCUACGGUCCUCGGUGAAUGAAAUGUUGCCCAGGUGUAGAAUGGCGGCUACCAAUUGCAGAACGUUUUGUUGUUCUUGAGCGCUUAGACCCACGACGGACAUGGCUGCGUAUUUCCGGUUGAAUUAUUCAUUGAAACACAAUCACCCGCACACAUCGUCGAAUUUUGAAACAAACAAAAAAUUAAUUGAUAUUCCUUUUUUUUUCAUCCUUUCCUAUUUUUAAUUGUUGAAUUGUUUUGUAUCAAACCUUUAAUGGUUUCUUGAAACUCUUGAACGUCGUUAGUGCCUUCGACUGUGUAAGUGCCGCUCUGGUUGAGGUAGGCGUAAUUCUCCGGAGUGGCCAGCCCCAAUUGCUCUGCAAACAUUUGAACAAAA